AUAAGAUAGGGUACCGUGUCAUUAACGACCCGUUGACGCUUAUCUGCAAGAAAAAUUUGUCAAUAACGUGGAAAUAGGUCGAAAAUUAAUUGGCCUGGAAGAAAAAAAUACAACUUUAUUCUGAAUUACCUUUAUUAGGGACCUAAUAAUCAAAAAAAUGGCUGCAGCUGCGGCGGCUGCUCUACUUGACGAGCUCAUGGGACGUCAGCGUAAUAUUGAUCCCACCAGUGCCAAAAGGGAACCCAAAUGGGAUGAUGAAGAGAUUUGCAAAUGGUAUCUCUGUGGCUUCUGCCCCCAUGAUCUGUUCACUAAUACAAGAGCCGACUUGGGAACUUGUGAUAGGAUUCAUGAUGAUGAGAUGCGAGAGGCCUAUCAAAAAAGUAAACGUUAUGAGAAAUGUGGUUAUGAAGACAAUUUCUUACGAUAUCUAAAGACUAUAUUACAAGAUGUGGAAAGAAGAAUAAGAAGAGGUCAAGACCGAUUAGCUUUAAAUAAUACCCAAAACGCUCUUAGCGGCAAUCAACCCACCCAAGAUGAGAGAAUUGAACUCUUAACUCAAAGGAUUAAUGAGCUCGUUCGUCAAGCUGAAGAAUUGGGAUGCGAAGGUAAAGUUGAGGAGGCCCAGGGUGUUUUAAAGCUAUGUGAUAAAUUAAAAGAAGAUAGAGCUGAACUACAAAGUGGCGUGCAAAGAGGUCAACUAAAUCCAAACUCAAAAGAAAUGGAAGUUUGCAGUGUAUGUGGAGCCUUUUUGGUUGUUGGAGAUGCACCUUCGCGUCAGGAGGAGCACUUGAUGGGAAAGCAGCAUAUGGGAUAUGCCAGGGUUCGAACCACAAUUGAAAAACUUGAGGUAGUAAUUGUUUUCAUCUUGGAUUCUCCCGAUUCGGAAGAAAUGCGCAAUCUGUUGACUCAAAUGAAAGAUCGAGGGAUAGAUCAAGUAGAGGCGGUCGUGAUUAUGGCAAAGAUGGAAACCGUGACAGAAAGAGAAGAAGUAGAAGUCGAGAGAGACGUGGAAGAAGGAGUAGAAGCAAAUCCAGAGAGCGAAGAAAGGAGAAAAAGAGAGAUCGAUCCCGUUCCUAAACACACGAUAAUCGUCAAGGAAACUGCAUGA